AUGAAGAAGCCAGCAUAUGUUGAUCGUCCAGCUCCACCUCCUCUAUGUGGCAAAUGUAAUGGAAGGCAUCAUGGGGAGUGUCCUGGUACUCAAAGGAGGUGUUUCAGAUGUGGAUCCCCAGAUCACUUUGCGAAGAAAUGUCCAGUUAGUGAGACUCCUGAGAAGAAAAAUGGUCGGGUUUAUACCUUGGAUGCUAGGAAGGCCAAGGGAAACGCCAACCUUGUCGCUAAAAGUCUUGUUCCAACUCCUAUGAUUAUCUCGUCUACUACUGAUGAUGUAGUAGAAGCCCAAAAAAUCUGCAAAGAUUGUUCUGUCACUUUCAACGGCCAAAAUUUCGUGAUUGUCCUCAUUUGUUUACCUCUUAAGAAGAUUGAUGUGGUAUUGGGGAUGGAUUGGUUGUCAGCUAACUCAGUAUACAUUAGUUGCAAAGAGAAGGCUAUUUUCAUUCCUGCUGAGGAGACUACUUCGAUGGAUUCGAUUGGUAAUCGGAUUGAAGGUACGGUUAACAUGGUCAAUUAUCUUUUUGCACCAGAGAAGUCUUUUAUUUUGAUUCUCACUACGGAUUCAGAAGAUAAAAAGAGCGUGUCGGAGAUUCCUGUUGUGUGUGAAUUUCCUAAUGUUUUUCCCGAGGAUGUCACUUCUCUCUCGCCAGAAAGGGAAGUUUAA